CUCAAAGCGAACAGAGGAAAAAGAAAAGCGAAGGAAAAUAAAAUUAAUCAGACUUGAAAUUCACCCUAAUUCAAUUUUCAGUUGCAAAAACAACAAUGGGGCACGGUGAUAAAGGCCGACCCAGUAAAAAGCUCAAAUUUUCUGCCAAGGAAAUCACACACCUGGAUGAUGAAGACGCAUAUUUCGUUGGUGAAGAUAUCGACGACGAUGUUCGAGAUGGUGAAGGGAAAAAGAGGGACUUUACCAAGUUAGAAUUGAAACCGGACCACAUCAAUCGUCCUUUAUGGGCUUGUGCUGAUGGCCGAAUUUUCCUUGAAACUUUCUCACCUUUGUACAAACAAGCAUAUGAUUUUCUCAUUGCCAUUGCAGAACCUGUUUGCAGGCCAGAAUCGAUGCAUGAGUACAAUUUGACCCCGCAUUCGUUGUAUGCUGCUGUGUCAGUUGGUCUUGAAACGGAAACCAUCAUUUCUGUUUUGAAUAAGUUGUCAAAGACCAAGCUCCCCAAAGAAAUGAUUGAUUUCAUACAUGGUUCUACUGCCAAUUACGGCAAAGUGAAGCUUGUGCUUAAGAAGAAUCGGUACUUUGUCGAAUCCCCAUUCCCAGAGGUAUUGAAGACAUUGCUUAAGGACGAAGUUAUAUCUAAAUCGAGGAUUAUCUCUGAGGGUUCUCGUGGAAGUGAUGGAUUUACGAUUAGCAAAACAAUGGGUGAAAUUGGAGCUGGUCCCAGUGAUUUGCUAAAUGAAGCAGAAUUGGCAGCUGUGGCUGAAGAAAAAGAAACUCAUGCAUUUGAAGUCGAUCCUACACAGGUUGAAAAUGUCAAGGAACGUUGCUUGCCUAAUGCUUUGAACUAUCCCAUGUUGGAGGAGUAUGACUUCAGAAAUGAUACUGUUAACCCUGAUCUUGAUAUGGAACUGAAGCCUCAAGCGCAACCACGACCAUAUCAGGAGAAGAGCUUGAGUAAAAUGUUUGGGAAUGGGAGAGCAAGAUCUGGAAUUAUUGUGCUACCCUGUGGUGCCGGAAAAUCUCUAGUUGGUGUUUCUGCAGCUUCCCGAAUAAGAAAGAGCUGCCUUUGUUUAGCAACAAAUGCUGUUUCUGUUGAUCAAUGGGCUUUUCAGUUCAAGUUGUGGUCUACCAUCCGUGAUGAGCAAAUUUGUCGUUUCACAUCUGAUAGUAAAGAAAGGUUUCGUGGAAAUGCUGGGGUGGUAGUGACAACUUAUAACAUGGUUGCCUUUGGUGGCAAGAGGUCUGAAGAAUCUGAAAAGAUUAUUGAAGAAAUAAGAAAUAGAGAAUGGGGAUUGCUUCUGAUGGAUGAGGUGCACGUUGUUCCUGCUCAAAUGUUUCGAAAGGUCAUUAGCCUUACUAAGUCUCACUGCAAGCUGGGUCUCACUGCCACACUUGUGAGAGAGGAUGAGAGGAUCACAGAUCUGAACUUCCUUAUUGGUCCAAAAUUGUAUGAAGCAAACUGGUUGGAUUUGGUAAAAGGUGGAUUUAUUGCAAAUGUACAGUGCGCUGAAGUAUGGUGUCCAAUGACAAAAGAGUUCUUUGCGCAAUAUUUGAAGAAAGAGAACUCCAAGAAAAAGCAGGCACUUUAUGUGAUGAACCCAAAUAAGUUCAGGGCAUGCGAGUUUCUUAUUCGGUUUCAUGAACAGCAACGUGGCGACAAAAUUAUUGUCUUUGCUGACAAUCUUUUUGCUCUCGUGGAAUAUGCAAUGAAACUUCGGAAACCUAUGAUCUAUGGUGCCACCAGCCAUGUUGAGAGGACAAAAAUCCUAGAAGCUUUCAAAACAAGUCGGGAUGUAAACACUAUAUUUUUGUCUAAGGUAGGUGAUAACUCCAUAGACAUUCCGGAGGCAAAUGUGAUAAUUCAGAUAUCGUCACAUGCUGGUUCAAGGCGUCAAGAAGCGCAGCGUCUUGGUCGUAUUCUAAGGGCAAAGGGUAAACUUCAGGAUCGGAUGGCAGGAGGUAAAGAGGAGUACAAUGCAUUCUUUUAUUCCCUCGUGUCAAUGGAUACACAGGAGAUGUACUAUUCGACUAAACGACAGCAGUUUUUGAUUGACCAAGGUUAUAGUUUCAAGGUUAUUACAGGCUUGCCCCCACCUGAUUCUGGUCCUGAGUUGAACUACCACCGUCUUGAUGACCAACUGGCGCUACUCACAAAGGUGUUGAGUGCUGGUGAUGAGGCAGUUGGCUUAGAGCAACUAGAAGAAGAUGCUGAUGACAUUGCCCUUCAUAAAGCCCGUCGAUUUGGUGGAUCCAUGAGUGCUAUGUCAGGUGCAAAUGGGAUGGUUUACAUGGAAUACAGUACUGGGAGACACAAACUUGGCAAAGGCCAGAUGAAGAGUAAGCCCAAGGAUCCGGCCAAGCGACAUCAUUUGUUUAAAAGACGGUUUGGGUGAGAACAGAACGAAUAGAGGAAUGAAGAUAAACGAAACCUGAGGCUGAUGCUUCUAUUCUUACUAAUAUUAUGAGCAGGAAUUCUGUAUAAAAUUCAGAUUUGCAGUUAUACGCAUAAAACGCUGGUGUUGUACAUACUUUGAUGUUGGUGAUGAACAAUCCAUGAUCCAGUUCUUUUAAAUCUUGCACUAAUUGCCAUUG